AUGCAGUUGAUACUUGGAAUCACAUAUCUAUCCUUGUUCAUACUGGGCAUCUCAGCUAUCCCAGCCCCAGAUUAUGGACUGCAGCAACUUCUCCAGAUCCGCCCGGGUCAUCCAGAGCUAUUCGGCCAACAGCCGAUCGCCGACCAUCCACCGUUCUCACCAGGCCAUCGCGAUCCGUAUGAUCACAAAGUAGAUUCUGUAGGUGAUGAGAUACAGCCACUCCCCUUCCGGAAUGGAGAUGGCACCAGCGUGAUGGGACCGCGCAACAAAGAUCGUGAACGUCAGAACCCCGAUCUGGUGCGCCCGCCGAGCACCGACCACGGAAGUAUGCCCAAUAUGCGAUGGAGUUUUGCCGAUUCCCACAUCCGCAUUGAGGAGGGCGGAUGGACUCGACAAACCACCAUCCGUGAGCUCCCCACAAGCCGUGAACUGGCUGGGGUGAAUAUGCGCCUAGAUGAGGGGGUCAUUCGCGAACUGCACUGGCACACCGAGGCUGAGUGGGCUUACGUUCUUGCUGGGAAAGUACGAGUGACUGCGCUCGACACAGAAGGAGGUAGUUUCUUGGAUGACCUCGAGGAGGGCGAUCUCUGGUAUUUCCCUGCUGGACAUCCUCACUCUCUGCAGGGCCUAGGACCCAACGGCACGGAGUUCCUCUUGAUCUUCGAUAAUGGCCACUUCUCAGAGGAGUCUACAUUCCUUUUGACGGACUGGAUGGCCCAUACCCCCAAAGCCGUUCUCGCCGAGAACUUCCGCGUCAAGCCCCAACAGUUCGACAAUAUCCCAACAUCUGAGAAGUACAUAUUCCAAGGCUCAAAGCCCGGCAGCAUCGAGGACGAAAAGCCACGCGGAUUCAAGAAGUCUAAGAUUAAAUUCACCCAUCACAUGCUUGCUCAAACUCCUGUUGAGGGUACCGGUGGCCGCGUUCGCAUUACAGACUCGACGAACUUCCCCAUUUCAAAGACAGUGGCAGCAGCCCACUUGGAAGUUGCACCAGGAGCUCUGCGCGAAAUGCACUGGCAUCCCAACGCUGAUGAGUGGACAUUCUUUAAGAAGGGCCGUGCCCGUGUGACGAUUUUCGCUGCCGAAGGAAAUGCCCGGACAUUCAACUACAUGGCUGGUGAUGUAGGCAUUGUGCCGAGAAACAUGGGACACUUCGUUGAGAACCUGAGUGACGAUGAACCGCUUGAACUUUUGGAGAUCUUCCGCGCCGAUAAAUUCCAGGACUUUUCUCUGUUCCAAUGGAUGGGAGAGACACCUCAGAGACAGGUUGCGGAAACUAUCUUUGGAGCUGAUUUGAAUGCUGCUAAGGAGUUCCUGAAGAAUAUUGAGGGGGCUGAGAAGGAUCCUAUUAGGAAUACCAUCUAG